CAAAAUUUAAUCUUAAUGUUGUAAGCGUUCUUACAAUCUCCACAUGUAUGAAAUCGGAAUGGCAGACGGGUUCAAAAUAAACAGAGCUUAUGCAGAAAAGUAUAAUACAUGGAGACAAAAAGAGGAACUACAAAAGUUGAAAGACAAAUAUGGUGAUGGAGAUGAAAGUAAAGGUUCAAGUUCUUCAGAGUCUGAAGAUGAAGAUGCGGAGGCUUUAACAGAGCAAGUAGAGAGAGAUUGGCUCAGAACACUAUCUGCAUUGAAAAGCAAAGAUCCAAAAAUCUAUCAGAAAAAUGCAAAAUUUUUUCAUGAUGAUGACGGUGAUUAUGAGGGAGGGCAGAAGAAUAAAAAGUCCAAAGAAAAGCCUAUGUUUCUAAAAGACUAUGAGAGAAAAGUUAUGCUGGAGAAAGGAGGUGUGAUCAGUGAGAGUUUUAUAACUCAGACAAUGAAAGGGGUUAAAUUACAUCCUAUCAGUCUAAGCUAG